CAAAUAGUUAUGGUGAAAAAUGAACGCAGCAAAGAUGAUUUUUGUUUUGUAAAAUGUUCAAGACGGUUGGUUCAAGAGUUCAGAAUGUUCAAAGGUGGAUUUCAGUUUAGUUUAUGAAAAUGUAAAGCUAAAUACUGUAAAUAAAUUAAUGGUUUCAAUUGACCCUUUCAAAUGUAAUGUACGUGUUAUUAUUAAUACAUUAUAAUAGAUUAACAUGGGAAAAUUAAUUACUUAAUGCUAUUAAACAUUCGACAGUAACAUUUUCUUCAUUGUUUUGCUUUCACCUGACUUCAUUCAGAUUGUUUGGUGAUUCAAUUGUUUUUAUCAAACUCAGAAACAUAUUGAUGAUUUGAUUGAUAUUUGGCGUAUUAAGAUCGUUUAAAUGUAAUAUAAAAUGAUCAAAAACAAUUUUCUUUCAUUUCUGAUGCAAUGAAAAUCCCAAUCAAAAUGAAACUUUUGAUUAACAGUUUAAUCUCUAUUUUUUGUGUAGUAAACUAUUGUUCAAUAGUCCAGUGCUCAACUGAUAAUGAAUCAAACUUAAGGGAUGGCUACUUUAAUCAAACCAUCGAGUCACAGCUUGUAAAACGGCAAAACUCAAUACAAACUUGUGAGUGCGGUCGAGAAAACUGGUCAGAUCGAAUCGUUGGAGGAACUGAAGUUUAUCCUGAACAUCGAUAUCCUUGGUUGAUAGCUAUUCGAUUUGCUGGUCGAUCAAUAAUAUGCGGUGGAGCUUUGAUUGAUUCCAAUUAUGUUUUGACAGCAGCUCACUGUUUAGUUGGUUUAGAUCCUAGUGAAAUUGAUGUACUUGUUGGAUGCCAUAAUGUGAAAAAGGUUGACUGUAGAGCUUAUAAAGUGGUAAAAAUAAUUCCUCAUCCAAAUUAUAAUCGAAGAUUCCAUGACAGUGACAUUGGCUUGAUAAAAUUAGCUGGUCCCGUUUCUUUCUCAUCAACUGUUCGUCCAGCUUGUCUACCUCCACCAACUUCAACACCAUCAGAUGGAUCAAAGUUAAUUGUCGCUGGAUGGGGUUUAAUGGAACAAGGUGGCAUGGGUAGUGAUAUACUGCGCCACGCGACUGUCAAUUAUGUUGAUCAGUCAAUUUGUCGAUCAUCAUAUCCGCCAUCAUAUAUCACAGAUAGAAAUUUUUGUGCUUCAUCAGCUAAUUCAGACGCUUGUCAAGGUGAUUCAGGUGGACCCAUAAUGAAACGUAAUUCAAGGGGAAGAAUAGAAAUCACUGGAAUAAUUUCAUUUGGCAGAGGAUGUGGAAAUACCGAUUCUCCUGGAGUUUACACUAAUGUUGCCAAAUAUCUUGAUUGGAUUGCCAUCAAUUCACAAUUUUCUGGUUGCUUCUCAUCAGAUGCAGAUCUGAGAAGAGAUUCCCUUACAAGUGGAGGAUGUGGUUUGGCCAAAGGUAAAGUCCGUCGUAAAAGAAUAGUUGGAGGCCAAUCGCCCCAACAGAUUGACUAUCCUUGGAAUGCUGCUUUAGGUUAUAAGGGACAGCUGAUUGGGGGUGGAGCUCUAAUUUCAUCGGAUGCGAUUCUUACCACUGCAUCAUUGAUUAGACCAAUCAUUGAAUCGCCUGGAUUUGAUGUUAAACAAUUGAUGGUCAUUUUGGGUGCCUUUGAUAUAACCAAACGUGAAAGUGACCGGAGAUCAUUUCAAGUAAGAAAGGUCAUCAUUCAUCCAAACCAUCAACUAUGGAACCGUUACAAAAGUGAUUUGGCUAUUUUAACUUUAACCUCACCGGCCACACAAUUUACUCCCGUUUGCUUGCCCACUGUGGAUACACCUUAUCCAGUUGGAUAUAAUGUCCGGUCAUUGGGAUGGGGACGGACAACAGUUAAUUCUGGAGGCUCAACAUCAUUAAAACAAGUUGAUCUCAAAUUAACAGGACGAGAGGAAUGUGUUCGAUAUUAUUCAUCUAAUCUAAGUAAUGACCUGUUCUGUGCCAAGGAAUACAAUAAAGGACCCUGCUAUGGCGAUGAAGGCUCACCAUUGAUGAUUCAAUUCAGUCAACGAUAUUAUCUGGCUGGCCUUUAUUCCCAUGUCUUACCCAGUUAUCCAUGUGGUCUUCAAGGAGCACCAAGUCUAUUCACAGAUGUCCGCCAUGGCUUGGAUUGGAUUUAUCAGAACAUGUAGUCAACAUUCAGAAUAACCUGUUGAUUAUUAAAAUCUAAAGAUUAAACCUUUUCUCGGUUGUGAAGCAAAAA